GAAGGGCGAAUACACAGAUAUUAUGCUGCAGCGCAGAGAGGCAGGGACUCUGGUCUGAACGCGCAGCGGCUCGCUGUGCCACGGCUCGGACGGGCUUUAGGAGACAACAUGCCGCCGCUGUAGGUCGUAUUACAACCCAAAAAAAAAUAGAAGAAUCACUCACAGGUGCUUAUUGGUUUUGUCCCCACGAAGAGGCUCGUUGUGUACAUGCCGAGCGUCUGAAUUGGAUACCGAAAAGGGGGGCGGGAGAGCGAGCAACAAGUGGAGUUUGGCGCGGAGAGGCCGGACAUUCGUUCGUCCCCCCCCCCCGUCGAUCGGCUAUGGAGGAGCGGAAGGAGCCCAGCGGCAGCCGGGACUCGACCGAGGAGGAGAGCAUGUCCCUGUCGCCGAACCUGCCAUCCCCUCCCGUGAUUUUACCCCACCAGGCGGCCCAGCAGGCCCACCGAACCACGAACUUUUUCAUAGACAACAUCCUGCGGCCGGACUUCGGCUGCAGGAAGGAGCCGAGCUACCGCGACCGGAGCCAGACGCCGGGCCGGGAAAACGUCAACCCGCUCGGAGCGAGGCCGCCGCACACCGGCAGCCUCUGCCUGGACUCCAACUGCAGCAGUGACAGCCCCUCUUCGUCGCCCUCCUCUUCCUCCUCCUCCUCCUCCUCGUCGUCGUCGUCGUCCACGUCCUCCUCGCCCUCGUCCAAGCAGAAGUCGUCGAAACAGGGCGAAGCGGCGGGCGCGGGCGCCGGCAGGUACGCCGACAGCCCCUCGUCCAUCAUGGUGGUGAGCGGCAGCAAUGGAGGAUCUCCACCCAUCACGAAAGAAAGCCAGCCGAUGCUGUGGCCCGCUUGGGUUUACUGUACGCGCUACUCGGACGGGCCCUCUUUAAUAAAUAUUUUAUUCCCCUUGGUUGUUUCCACGCCAGGCCCGAGGACACGCAAACUGAAAAAGAAGAAGAGCAGCCCCAAGGAGGACAAGCGGCCCCGCACGGCGUUCACGGCCGAGCAGCUGCAGAGACUGAAAACCGAGUUCCAGGCCAACCGGUACAUAACGGAGCAGCGCAGACAGGCUCUGGCCCAGGAACUGAACCUCAACGAGUCCCAGAUCAAAAUCUGGUUCCAGAAUAAGCGGGCGAAGAUCAAAAAGGCCACCGGCUACAAGAACGGCCUGGCGCUGCAGCUCAUGGCCCAAGGACUGUACAACCACUCAACGACCACCGUGCAGGAGGAGAAGGAGGAGAGCGAGUAGAGAGGCCCGGACGUGAGCCGGCCGAGGGGCCCGCCGGGGGUCCGCCGGGGGUCCGCCGCCUCGCUCUUUGGGUUUUUUUUUUUUUUGGAGACAAUGACAGCAGAAAAAAAGACAACAAAAACAAAUGAACUGGAAGUGGAGGAGACGCUAUUUAAAAAAAAAACACAAACACACACACGCACCCACACACACAUUUCUGUUAAUGGUGAAAGUAUAUGGACAUAAUUAUAUAAAUGAACGAUCGUUAUUAAAGUUUAUAUAGCCAAAAACAGUUAUCAUGUUGUAAACUGUAUAUUUAAUUUCACCUCUCAUCCGGAUCCUUCCUGUCUGUUCUCGUUUUUUUCGGGAAAUAGUUUUUUUCUUGUUUUUUUUUGGUGGUCCCCGUGUCGCUCACAGUAGCGCCACGGCGUCCUCCAACACAUCAGUGCGCAGACUCAAAACAAGCCAAAGAUUUGAAUAUGUUCACGUGUAGUCUGUAAUAAAGAGAGAGCACGGUAGAUAUGGA